AUAACCGUAAAGAAAAAUCCCCCCUCUUCUCUCUCAAACCCCUUCGUACGAAAACCCCCUCCAAAUCUACUUUUCUACAGAAACAAACAAAUUCGUUCUCGGAUCGAAGAUGUCGUCGCUUCGGAACGCAGUCCCUAGAAGGGCUCACAAGGAGCGAGCGCAGCCUGAGGCAAGGAAGAAGUUUGGGAUUCUGGAGAAGCAUAAAGAUUAUGUUUUGCGAGCAAAAGCUUUUCACCAGAAGGAAGAGGCUCUCAGAAAAUUGAAGGAGAAGGCAGAGUUCAGAAAUCCUGAUGAGUUCUACUUCAAGAUGAUCAACACUAGGACUAUCAAUGGGGUCCAUAGGCCACCGAGUGAAGCAAACAAGUAUACUCAAGAGGAGCUCAUGCUAAUGAAGACUCAGGAUAUGGGGUACAUUCUUCAAAAAAUUCAAAGUGAAAAGAAGAAAAUUGAAAGAUUGACUUCUGUACUCCAUGCAUUGGAUUGCCAGCCCUCGAACAAGCGUGUUUUCUAUGCUGAAGACAGAGAAGAAGCCAAGGAUAUACGAUCAAAAUCACUUGAGAGCAGCAAUUCGCCUGAUUUUAGUAAAGUGCCAAAUAGAAUAAAGAAGAAAACAGCUUCCUCGUAUGCAGAGGUAGAAUCAAGAAAACAGAGGGUUCAACAAUUAGAAAAACUAUACUCGGACAUGGCUUUGCAGAAAGAACUACAGAAAUCUGGUCGUAAGCGCAAACUCCGUGAAGAAGAGUUGGUCUCCCCAACAAGUAGACCGGUCUACAAAUGGCGUACAGAACGUAAACGAUGAAAUACUUUACAAAACGAACGUAAACGAUGAACUACGUUGCAGAACGUAAAUGAUGAAGUAUGCAAGGAUAUUCUUUUCCUGAUGAUUUCAUUAUGCUUGUGGCUCCUCAACCGUUUUGGUGACUUUUAACUGAAGAUAAAGACAAUCAAUGGAUGUAUUUUGCUACCAAGGUUGUUAAUUUAAGUGGAUAGUUAACAUCUUUUGUAUCUUAUGGUAGAAAGGUGAGGAUUAUAUUUCGUAGCUAUAACACCAUUGUUGGUAAUAUUAUGCUUAAACGUUGUGUCAAUUCACUUUUUCAAAUCUGCAGUAUGACCGUUGCUAUAUGAUUGAAUCGAAUCCUCUUCCCUCUGGUGAUAUUACUCUC